GGGCCGGCCGUCGCCGCGGUGACCGUCCUCGGAGUCCGUCGGCUCGCGCCCCGCCCCCGUUCCUGCUGCCCCCUCCCCUGUCCCGCGCGAAGGGUGUUUCUCGUUCCUCCCGGGUUGCCGCCGCCGUCGCCGCGGCUCCUCCUCUCCUAGUCUUGGGUUUCCCUGGCGCUACUGCCGCCGCUGCCUCUGUGGUCUGUCUGAGGAGGAGGAGGAUGUGAAGAUGGCGGAGCUGCAGAUGCUGCUGGAGGAGGAAAUCCCGGGGGGCCGCCGGGCCCUCUUCGACAGUUACACGAAUCUGGAACGGGUGGCCGAUUACUGCGAGAACAACUAUAUCCAGUCAGCAGAUAAGCAGCGAGCACUAGAAGAAACCAAAGCCUACACCACCCAGUCCUUAGCAAGUGUUGCCUAUCUUAUCAAUACAUUGGCCAACAAUGUGCUGCAGAUGCUGGAUAUCCAGGCAUCCCAACUUCGAAGGAUGGAGUCUUCAAUCAAUCAUAUUUCACAAACGGUUGAUAUUCAUAAAGAGAAAGUUGCAAGAAGAGAAAUUGGUAUUUUGACUACCAAUAAAAACACUUCAAGGACACAUAAGAUUAUUGCUCCAGCCAACCUUGAGCGACCAGUUCGUUAUAUUAGAAAACCUAUUGACUAUACAAUUCUAGAUGAUAUUGGACAUGGAGUAAAGGUGAGUACGCAGAAUAUGAAGAUGGGUGGGCUACCGCGUACAACACCUCCAACUCAGAAACCCCCCAGUCCCCCCAUGUCAGGGAAAGGGACGCUUGGGCGGCACUCCCCCUAUCGCACACUGGAGCCAGUGCGUCCUCCAGUGGUACCAAAUGAUUACGUACCUAGCCCAACCCGUAAUAUGGCUCCCUCGCAGCAGAGCCCUGUGAGGACAGCUUCUGUGAAUCAAAGAAAUCGAACUUACAGCAGCAGCGGGAGUAGUGGAGGAAGCCAUCCAAGCAGUAGGAGCAGCAGUCGGGAGAACAGUGGAAGUGGGAGUGUGGGAGUCCCCAUUGCCGUUCCCACCCCCUCUCCACCCAGUGUCUUUCCAGAUGCUGCUGCUGGGGGUGCCCAGACCCUUGCUGAUGGCUUCACUUCUCCAACUCCCCCUGUUGUUUCUUCCACUCCCCCUACAGGUCAUCCUGUUCAGUUCUACAGCAUGAAUAGACCUGCCACUCGCCAUACUCCCCCAACAAUAGGGGGCUCGUUGCCCUAUAGACGCCCUCCUUCCAUCACUUCACAAACAAGCCUUCAGAAUCAGAUGAACGGAGGACCUUUUUAUAGCCAGAACCCAGUAUCUCUUGCUCCUCCUCCUCCCUCCAUCCUACAGGUAACUCCUCAGUUACCUUUAAUGGGAUUUGUGGCCAGAGUUCAAGAAAAUAUUUCAGAUGCACCACCUCCCCCACCACCUGUGGAAGAACCAGUCUUUGAUGAAUCUCCACCACCUCCUCCUCCCCCAGAAGAUUAUGAGGAAGAAGAGGCAGCUGUGGUUGAGUAUAGUGAUCCUUAUGCUGAAGAGGACCCCCCGUGGGCUCCACGGUCUUACUUGGAAAAGGUUGUGGCAAUUUAUGAUUAUACAAAAGACAAGGAAGAUGAGCUGUCCUUUCAGGAAGGAGCCAUUAUUUAUGUCAUCAAGAAGAAUGAUGAUGGUUGGUAUGAGGGAGUUAUGAAUGGAGUGACUGGGCUCUUUCCUGGGAAUUAUGUGGAAUCUAUCAUGCAUUAUUCUGAGUAAAACUCAGCAGGGAUGUGUUUCCGUCACAGGAAUAGUCAGGUCUUCCCAGAUUAUCAAAAGGCCCUGGGGAUUCCCCUCCAGUGAAAUGAAUGAAGGAUUCAAAUGACAAAAACUACUUGUAUUUUUUUUGGUUUAUCCCUCAGUAUUAAAACAAAAGCAAGCUGAAUUUGAACAAAUGGAUCUUUUUGCCAUCACUUAUACUAUGCGGAGCUAUUUGGAUUGAAAUAAAGUGACGGUUUCUGAAUAUAUCAGAGGUA